GGAGUUUGGGAGGAUGGGGUGUGAUGGGAUAUGGUAGGAUAAGAGAGGGAAAGCCCAGAAAUGAAAACCAGGAGUAUGUUUUUAUGAAGAACACAGCUACCAACUGGAAGAGUAGAAUUCAGCUGUGAUAUACACAAAAAUAUGAUCUUAGUAUGUUCCUCAACUUUUAAAGGUUUAAGGAUAGAAUCGUAGAAUUGCUAAGGUUGGAAAAGACCUCUGAGAUGGUAUAGUCCAAAUGUCAACCCACCCCCACCAUGCCCAAUAAACCAAAUCCCUCAGUGCCAUAUCUGCCCUUUUCUCAGUGCCUCCAGGGACGGUGACUCCACCACUCCCUGGGCAGCCUGUGCCACCGCCUCACCACUCUUUCUGAGAAGAUUCUUUUCCUGUUAUCCAACGUGAACCUCCUCUGGCACAGCUUGAGGCCAUCACCUCUUGUCCUACCCUUACGGAAAGAAGCUUUUUACUUAUAUCCAAUCUAAAUCUCCCCUCUUCUAGUUUGAAACCAUUUCCCCAAAUUUAAUUUACUAUUGAGCUGCUGCUUAACAGGCUUGGUGUCUGAGCAGUGUUGUUGAUACUGAGUCAGUGCUGAUGACACUGAAAGAGCACUUGACAUUUUUCACAGAUCAAAGCUUGAUUACCUGUAGGUCUGCUAACCUGAAAAAAAGGCUGUAAGAAUUAAAUAGACUUGAUUUCUAUAUUUGAUUUCAGUUGAUUAUCUUAGCACACUAACAAUGUUUUAGGUCAAUGUUUAGAUCAGAAUACCUAAAUAAAAUGGCAGUUCAUUACAUAUUGUUAAACCAUUUUUUCAGGAGUUGUAGUAAAAGUUCAGGUAGUUUUCCCUGAAGUACUUUGCUCAAAACAUAGUUGAUUCCUUCAGUAAUCAUACAAAUGGAAGCAUUGGCACAGGGCACCACUGCUGUUGUUAUGAUGUCAGACAGCGUAUUGAAAAAUCUCGUUAGUGACAAAAACAUAAACUAUAUUAAUAACUUUGAAUCUUAUGUAGUCUUGAACAUUUGAGUGCCAUUCUAACGUUGCUAAAUCCGAGUUUGUCCAGAGUUGUGACAGCUGUGAAGCAUUCUCUUUUGAGAGGCCUGAGUUAGCUAGAAAGUCGCAUUCCCUUUGCUGAUGAGAAAACAAAGAGUCAUGUGAGAGGAAGGGCCUAAAAUUGACAGGAAGUAGAAGGUGAUGGUUUUUAAUACAUAGGUGUUGUAUGUAAUAACAAAGUGCUGGAAUGUUCCGUAAUAGGAUGCAGGGUAGAUAAGGAUUCCCAAAGAAUUGGGAAAAGUUGAUUUGGGUGACAGGUGAAGUGAUUUUUAGCAGUAGUUUGAUUGUGGAUUAUUUCUAAGGGGUGUCAUUUAGCAUCUGUGCUGUUGUUUUGUCAAGUCAAUUAACCUGUGUUUCCCAGCAUCUCUCAAAACAGCACUAAAAAUACUCAUUUUAAAUUUACAUUCUUUGAUUUACAGGCUGGUAUAUGAAUGUAUGUGUAUCACAUGCCUCCAAGUUUGCAAGCAGUAAACUUUAGAAAGCGUAGCCUAUGAGGAGGUGAGGUGGGAAGCUGCAGAAGGACAGCAGUAGCCUAUGGUCUGUGGGUAGAUUGUGUAUGCAUGCGCAGCUGAGUCAAAGCCUUUGGUGGAUGGGUGCAGUGACUGGGGCUGUGCCUUGAAGUGGGCUGAAUGGAUUCUGGGUUGUGAGCCUCCAGGGCAACUGGAAGUCCCUGGGGCUCUGCAGGGGUGCAGCUACUGGGCUUAUUUUGGGAGUCUGUGGAUCCUAUCGAUAGCAGUAAUUCCCUUAAUGCUGCUUUGAGCAUACUGUCAAGCUUGCUUUUAUGUACUUUUAAUGUAAAUUUACAGCUCUUCUUGGGACUGCUGAUUUUAACCUUACUGCUAAUUAGAACAAUGAAUGAGCUUUGAUUUCUGAAAGGAUGAUGGAAUUUUUUCUUUAGCACAUGCUAUGAAUCUUACAAAAAAGGCAAGCCAAAGUAAGUUACAUUUUGGAGAGUUGUUCAAAUAUAUGAUAUAUCUGUUCUUGUUUAUAAACUACCAAAACUGGGCUUGAAUUUUAGUUCUGUCUUUUGAGUAUCCUCCCUCUAUUAGCUUGUAGUAAAAGUGCUUACACAUCUGUAUUGGCUACUGAGUGCUAAAUAUUUGCACCGAAAAUACUGCUGUUAAUUGCAUUUGAAUAUGUCACAUAGCCAACUCCUGGAUGGAUAAUCACCUCACCAUUGAGAGAUGGAAGAAGCCAGCAUUUCCUCCGUCGUACAAGUUGUAUGAAGAAAACUGUUCAAGGCUCUGAAAUGUUUCUUAGCAAUAAGAAGGCGAAUCGAAAGCAGUUCGGCGUUUUUGUGUUCUACUAUUUGUCAGUUUGCAUUCCUCUGGUGUGAAAGUCUGUGGUGAUCAUAACUGGAAGACUUUGGAAGCUUGCAUGGCAGCUUUUUCACCAGAAGCAGUGUUAGAAAUUCAGACCAUUCCAUUUGAAUUGUAAUGCCCCAGAUACCUAUUUAAUGUAUUAGAAAAUUCUUGAUAUUUUAAUUAUAAUAGGUUUUGAUCCGUGUGUUUUGGAUUGCUGUGUUGGAAGGGCCUGUUUUCAAACCAUGACUCAUCAUCUUUCUUCUUGACGGAAUUAAUUCUUCAUGUAUCCCUGAGUGUCAUAAACCAAACCAGAGCUUGUUAAAAUGUCUCAAUAUCUGUCAGCUGUAAGUUCUGAUGAAAUUAUUUUCUUUUUGGGUGAAAAGAAGAGCUAAGUAUUAAGAUUAGGAGCAACUAUUAGACACGGUUAAGAAUACCAGAGUACAGUAUCUAUUUUUCAGAUUCUGUAUCUAUGCAACCGCUUCCCUUCAGCACAGCCUGCCUCUUCCUUUGCUUUGCACGUCCUCUCCAAUUCGGCACCUUUGGCUCCUUGAGUUUCUGUUCAUGUCAGUUCAUGACAUCAAGUCCCAUUUUUGGACAUCUGUCUCAGUUUCUAGAUGCGUGUCCUUUACGCAGUUCUUUGUAACAUUUUCCAGCCCUUUUUGUGGUAGGUAUGAGGGAUACUCUGUUUGUUAUCUACUUUUCUUUAUGAUCUUUAUUGAAGUGCUGUUUCCAUUUUGGCUCUAGUUGCUGGCCAGCCGUAAGACUCUUAUCUCCCUUCUCUUAAAUUCAGACUUCCCUUUUUUGCACUAAGUGGUAUCAAACUCUUUAUAAGCUGCUUAAAUGAGGAGGAGGGGCUGGUGACACAUCUAUUUAUGCGACUUGAUUCAGUGCUCUUACACUACUCUUUAAUUGAGUAAGUACUGUGCAUUGACCUGUGCGACUUUCUUGAAACUUACACUAUGUGAAUUGAUGGCACUCUCCAAUUUACACUUAAACUUCUCCACUAAGGGACAUUUGACUCUUUUAAACUGUCACUGCUGACUGCAUCGGCUUUCUUUUUCUCCUGGGCCGUCUCAGAUCCAUUUAAAAAUAUCCUUGCAACUGUUCCCAUAGCCUUAACCUUUGCGAUUAGCACAUUGCUGAAUAAUCUGUUAAAAUCUAGGAACUUAAGAGAAUCAGUUGGUAGAGGGAGAUGCACUGGUCACAUUGCUUUGAGUGUUCCUAACCUAUUUCCAGGAAAAGGGAAUUAUAGCCAACUGUAAUACGUUAUAAUAGUAUCUAUACUAAUUGAUACUAUUACAUGAUGUAGUGUGUGCUAUCUUGAUUUCUUGUAAUAUAGAAUGUGUCUUUGCUGCUUCUUUUUGCUUUCCAAAUACCUCUUGCAGCAGGACAGUGAAUGUUAUGUCUAACUCAUCUUUCCUCCAGAAAAGCAGCCUUGGUAACUGGUUUGCUGAUACUGAUCUUCUAUUCUUCACUUGCACAGUUCAGUUAACUUUUUAUGGUAAGGGAAAUUUACCAGAUAAUUCUGGAGCGAAUAGAUUAACUUACAUUUUCCUUUGCUGUUAGAUAACAUGCUACAUUUGAUUUCCAGCUAGGUUCUCAUCUGUUAUGUUUGCCUCAGUCUAACACAUACCUCAGAUACAUCUGUAUAGUCCCAAGCAGACCUUGUUGUCUUUUCAUGCUGAAGUUAGGAAAAGAUUUGUUUUUCCUACCGGGUGUUGCCUGACUGCUAUGGCUCAUUUGGUGCUUUUGGAAAACCCUCUGCAAAGAGAAGUAGUAUUUCUCCUUUCUAGUGCUUGUAGCUUUGGGUAUUAGUUGUGUGAAACUGAUCUAAUGAUUAUCAGUUUUCUUGCCGCCUGUUCUGUCUUUCAGUGCUAUAUCUGAUCUUGGUACAAGCAACCUAAGGAAGUUCAGAGGCUUCAGAAGACAGCUGCUGUUAGCUUUGCUCACUUGCUUUUGUAUUGUCCCAGCUCAUACUUUGAAGAGGCAGGGUUGUUCAUUCUGCAGGUCAUGCAAAUCCUUACCUUUAACCUUUUUCAAAAACAUUUCAGAAAUCAGUUUAAAUUUCCAAGCAGUGUAACAAGUAAUCAUAAUUUCCAUAACGUGCUAAAGCGUAGUUACAUGCACUGCACAGAGAAGACAAACCAUCUUUACACCCCUCUGGGCUCAGUGACAAUAGCAUUUGGCUGGAAGUACAUAGAGAAUAUAUAUAUAUGAUUUUUUAUUGUAUUUUUGUUAACUUUGGGGGGAUGUAUUGCAAUACUUUGAGUUCUUGCUCAGUUGUUCUGGAGAGCUCUUUGCUGAAGCUCCCUAGUUUAUCUUGUUUUUAUAGUACCUGGAAGUGCCGAUGAUUAAAUUGGCAUACUUAAAAGCAGCCUUCUGAGAGUAUCUAUAAUAGAGCAAAUUGGAGUUCAAUAUGGCUUUAGGUCAAAUGAAUAUCUUUUAAUAAAGGAACUCUUCCUAUUUUUAUGUAGGUCAGCCAAGGGUUAGUUCUCAGUUUGGUUUGACUGCUGUUCCAUGACUUUGUAUUGGCAUGGAAGCUUUGAGCACUUCAGACAAAAACUUUACCUCCAAUUUGUUGCAGAGAAAGGGAGAAGCUAAGGGAGCCUUACGAGCCUGCUCAGUAUUUUACCAGUAAAACUGGUGGCUUGACUCAUGGUAGUUUCGUGUUUCAUGAUUUGACAGGCUGUGAGAUGGUAGAUAGUAGCUUAAGCAUGAUUUGGUUUUUUAUUACUGGUGAAAACUGUGCUAAGUCCUAGAUUUUUGGUGAUGCUUGCAUGCAUUGCCUUAACGCUGAAUGAGGCUUGGUUUCCUUUGCUCUUCAGGUUUGGAAAAAUAAUCUGUAGUUGCUUUUCUUUCAUACAGUCACACGCUGCCUGCAGUUGCUUGGGUUUUCUAUCCUGGUAUUUAUCAACAAAGAGAGAACAUUCCUCAUUGUUGAUCAGCCUUAAGCAAAAGAAGAUUUUAAAUGGUUGUUAAUUGCCAAUUUGUAUCCCCUAAUGUCUCUAAGGUCAGUGUGAUGUGUUUUGGGGUUUUUUGUUUCUUUUUUUAGUUCUCUCUUCAGGUCAUUUCUCCCUGCUGUCAUUUCUUUAAGAUGCUGAUCCUUAACUCCAAUAAUAAUGUAAUACCACAGUUGUCAGUUACAAUCUUAUCACGCUUUUUACCUUUUCUGCAUAGGAAAAAGAUUAUUGACUUCCUUGAGAUGCUCUGUAAAACUCUUCACUUCUGUUAUUCAUAAAGGUUAGUGUAGUUUUUAAGCUUACGUCACCUGUAUGUCUUGUAGCUGGUUUUGUACUUGGAUUACUGGUUGGGCAGCACAGUCUUGUUCUUGUUGUUACUAGCAUGUGGCACAAGGUGUCUUUGUCCGUGUUAGGGCAGUGCUUUGGGGUGGGUUGGUUAGGCAGCUCAUUGCAUUCAUCUUGUGAGGCUCCAAAGAAGCCUGCUGUGGUCUCUUCCUAGGGGCACCGAAUGAACUUCACAGAAGAGCUUUGUGUGCUUGUUUCCUUUGCACUAAUAUUCCUGAACAGGCAGGACUGUUAACGCUGUUCUGUCACUACAGGUUUGCUGACUGUGACCAUCUCUCUUAGAGCUACUGCGAAUGUCUGAGUAAGGCUUAUGCAAUUGUAGUGGGGGCUGGGAUGCUAUCUUGAUGCUGUCUUUUUUUGGUCCCUGUCUUAAGACUUUACGUUGACUGCAUCUGAAAGAGUGAUUAAUGCCAGGUUUCUGAAUUUGCAGUAAUCUAGAAUGUUGCUUGAGAGUACAGACCCCCAACAGCUUUUCAGAUAGUGCAAAUUUGAUUUAUGUGGUUUGAAAACAAGAGAUUGUGCUUUGUGAAAAAUCACCUUACUUGAGACCACAUCUUACCUGUCAGUGGGAAUUACCUCUGUUUGCCAAGAGUGUUCAGGCCUUCUAAUGGCUUAAGUAGUUGUGAACGGCUAGUGACAACAUGGCACAUAGCUGACAAGUUCUUCCAUAUUUUGAGCUUGAACUUGUGUGCCUGGAAGCUCUCUGCUGUUGCCAGUUACACUAGUAAACCUAGUAGGAGGUUUUAUGGGUGAAUCCAGUGUGUUAACAUAAAUGGAGCAGUUAAAUUACUGCCUUGUAAAUUUUUUGUGACUUAUCUUGAAGGUACAGAGAACCAUCCUGGCUUCCUAACGCAUACUCACUUGCGUGAGAACCUCAGUGCAGUGCUGACAGAACCUUUACCUACAAAAGGUUAAGUUACUUCAGCAUCUUCCUGAGAAACUGUCCCGUCCUUGGCUUUUGGAGAGUUCAUUAUUCAUUUAUGUUCGGCAAAUUAUAGCGCUUGGGGAAUUUUCACUACUCAUGCAAGCUUUAGAAAUGCCAGCUCCGCAGUGAUUGCGUAAGUAGAUGGGGUUGUGUCCUCUCAGCAGCCAUAGCUGGGAACUGCCAAAAGUGAAGUUGUCCCAUGGCUGGCAGGGAAUCGUGCCUUAGCUCCUAAAGUUAUCAUGUCUGUUCCUAACACUGUUGUCUCUGAAGUUUUAUUUGCAGGUUGUAGUAUUUUGGCAGGUUUUGGCAGUGAUAUGUCUUGCUAUUUUGCAUGGAAGUUCGUGGUUUUUCAUACAUACGAGGUUUUGCUCCUCUCUCCUUCAGAAGACAAGGAUUAUUUAUUUCUUUUCUAAACAUGGUACAAUCUUGCCUCUUUCUUACCUUGUUUUAAAGACUGUGCUACAUUUGUCUCCAGUGCUGCUAAAUCUCUCUCUGCUUGACAUCUUAUGAAUACUGUCAGGGAAUUCAUCAAAUGAAACAGUAAGCUUUAAUAUUCAAAACACAUUACAGAUACAACGUUCAAGUUACAGUAGGUUCAAAGCAACCCAAUUAUCCUUUCUGUUUUUGUAUCUAUGUCCAGCCUACCUAAGGUGCCUUGUGAGGUGGGCACAUAUCCCAUGCAUGGUGUUGGUGAUACUAACUGUGCCCUUGGACUUGAUGGCUCCUUUUCACAUACAGACGUGGGAAAAGGACUUUGCAGUAAAGCUGUUUUCUGUCUCUAUUCUUUCUACUUUGAAAAGUGUUCCUUGGUGUUUCUCUUGUGUUCUUAGGAAUCAGUCUAUCUUAGGUGGCAACUUUUUUCUUGCAGACACCUUUAGCUUAUCUGCAGAUGAGCAAAUGCACUGUGGUGUGUGUAUGGUAUAGACUUGUGAUUAAAUCACAUUCUUCAUUUUACCUUCAAGAUCAUGAAACCUUUUAUUUCUUCUGAAAGCUUUACAGUUGUAACUGAUUUCAGAUUGGAAAGGCUAUGGCAUCAAUAUAUACAAAUACAAAUCACAGUUGCUGCCAUAACUGGCCAGAUUUUACAACGUUGACCUUUGAUCCUCAGCACUUCAAAAUAUUAAAAUCUAAAACAGGUGGUUCUGUUCCAUUUGAAUACGUGUACUUUUAUUUCUGUCUUUUCUUUGAUAGCAGUUAAGUAAAAGGGCAUGCUGAAGAUACUGAAUUUUUAUAACUGUACCCCUGUUUCCUUUUAGCUUUCCUGUCUGGUAGAGAUUUUGGCGACAGUAGCUUUCUCUAAUUUCACUUCUUGCUUCAUUGGCUUAGGGCUUCCCUGUGAUAUCCUAGAAUAGAUAUUUGACUGUGAUGGCCUUAAGCCAUUAAUAUCUCAUUUUGGAGGAGACCCCUGAACAGCGUAGGGUUUAAAUAAAGCACAGCCCAAGUGGCUGGCCCGCUGCCAGCCCGAGGACAAGUGGCUUCCCUUAAAAUGCUUGACAGAGCUUGAGCACAGCCCUGUCUGCGUUAGGUGGUGACUAAGGAGGGAUGGGCAGGCUCUGCCAGAGGCGUGCAACCUUCCUAACCUCCUUGGGCUGAGGGGCUGUGUGGUGGAGCCCCAUGUGCUAACCAGGGCAGAAGCUUCUCAGGACUCAUCACCUCUUCUGUUACCAACAAAUAUAAUAAACGUAUCCAAAACACCUUUUUCAUAAUAUGUCUUUUUAAAUGUGUCAGUGUGAACUCAGACAUUUUUGCAUACUUGCAAAGAACAACAAUGCCAGGAUACUGUAACUGCUUUAGCCCGACUUGAUCCCUACAGUAAUCCCCAAUCCAGCAAUCCCCUUUGCCUUGCUUCAUUAUCUCUGAUGUCUGCAAUUUAAAUGUCAUGCUCAAGAACUAGAUAUUUAUCUCUUUUUGAGUUCCUUCAGUACUGAAUGAUACCGAGUGCUCUCUUCAGAGGCAGGGUUAAUGAAUGGAGGCUAUUUAAUGAGUAACAAAUUUAAAAUUUGAAAUCUUCCAAAGGUAAGUUGAAACAAGCUGCAUCUUUUCCUGCCAGUGUGCUUUUUUGACCACACAGUGUUUGUAGACUUUCUUGACGCUUGCUCUUGGUUAGCACUAGCGUGAGCUGUAAGACCUGUCCCUUGCAAGUGGUCUUCCCCUUUGAGUUAGGAGGGUGAAAACAGAACAGAAAGUUCAGUGGCUUUUCAGAAUUCUGAUAAACCUUCCAAGCAGCUAAACUGAAACUGUUGAGUCAAGUAAUACCAUCAUUCCCUAUGGCCAUGUUUACACUUGGUGGAUGUACAAGUGGCCACCAUUUAUGCUGUAGUCCUUGAAUAGAGUCUGCACCAAAAUAUGGUGGUAGAAUGGAAGAAUUUACUUUUUUCUUCUUUAUUUUCAAAUGGAACUGGUAUAGUAUUUCAGAUGGCAAAACCUCUCAAUUAUAUCCAUCUCUAGUAGAUUGGGGAAGGGAAAAGGUUGUUAGAUUCUAACGCACUUGAUUGGUUAGUUAUUAUCUGAGCCGUUGAAAACAUUUAUCAGCAUUUUCCAUAAUUGUUAGAAUGAGCAUCUGGAGAACAUUUCUGUUAGUUGAAUAAAAAGUGAAGGAGAACAUUCUGCCUUUACCACGGCAGAUUUAAAGUGGAAAAAUUAGCACUUUUUUGCAUAAAGAUGGAAGAACGACAUGAUAGCAGCAUUUGGUUUCUGUUUUUCUUUAUUGUGGGAUGCGUGUGGUUUAGUGUCCUCAACAUGAGAAGCUUCAAGAACCUGUGCUAUAGCUGAGUCAAAGAAGCUAAAAUUGCUACAGAAAUUCCUAAAGAAUUCUUGUAGUAGAAUAAAUUGCCUUUCUGUAACUUUUUCUUCUUUGUGGACUUCUCCUAAUGACCCACACUCAUAAUUCAGAAAACAAAUAUAUUGUAAAAGCAGUAACUUAAAAGCAAGUCACUGUUAAAGUCUAAUCUUUGUGUUUUAAUGCUUAGUAUACAUCCUAAAAUUCGGUAGGUUUUAAAUCCAUCCCUUGUCUCUGUAUACCUAGAGAACUUGUAACAUCUCGUAGGCCGUGAUAACUAAACCCCAAGAUUUAUGGUCAAAACAUGAAUAUCAUAGUUGACUUCUGUAGAUGUUGCUUAUGUUCAAAUGGCUGGGAGAAAAAAAUCUUCAGUUGCUGGAAUUUGCACCUCAUUUCUGCUUGAGUAAAGAAUAAAAAACCAAAUGGUUCACACUCCCGUAAAAAUCCUGUUUGUUUUGCUAAUGUAAUCUUACAAGAUUUAUUUGAGAAGUAUUCCAUUCUGUUUCUUUCAUGACUGAUGCAGUUCCAUAAGUUCAAGAUUUAAUGGCAGCUCCAGAUAUUGAAAUUUUGUGAAUAAUAAUUUUUCUAUUUUAGUGGAAACUUUAUGCAGAGCAGAGCAAGAGAGCAUAAUUUUGAAGUAGCAGCCGAAUGCCCCAGUCCUUUACUGGAGUCUCUGCUGCAAACCUGGUACCAUUGUUGCUGCUUUUAUGGCUUUCUUCCUUGCCCCUUCCUCUUGCCCCUCAAGUUCUUCUGUAAUUCCUUGGAUACCUUUUGAGAAUUUGUUGCUUGUGCUUCCUUGCUGUUUCAUUCCUGCUACUGCUUACAUGGAUAACACUGAAGUGUAACAUGGAGAUCAGAUUUGACAUCCAAAUUCCGGAAGAUAAACGAGGUGGUUCCCAGAUUUAAGAUGAUGUAUUGGAACUUUGGACAGACAAGGUGACGGUCACGAGUAAAUAUAGAUAUAGAUAUAUGUGAAUGAGUGGGACGCAAGCAGAGCUGAAGCUCUAAAAAUACUAAUUCAUAUGAUGGCUCAGUAGGCUCAAUAAUCUUCUGAGUUGGGUUCAGCUUGGAAGUAACGCACCUUAAACUUAGGUUUAUACCCUCCUAAUUCACUUAGUUCUUUCUGUGGUCAGACUCCUUGAAAUGUGGUUUAGAAUUUGGGGGUAAACGGCGCAACAGUUGAGUUGCUCCAACUUUUGUGUGCCUCCUUAAGCCAUCUCAGUUCUUGGCUUAAUCCUUUUGAAUCACAACAUCUAACUGACAUGAGGGUGGUUGUGAGAACAUCAGGGUGGAUUUAUUCUUUCACUAUUCAAGGAGAAGUUUUGUUCUGGACAGCUUCUAAUUCUGAGGAGUGAGUGUUUGUGGGGGAGUUGCACUCAGUGUCCGGGGUACAUCUGUGAGAAGGAAGUCCUUUGUAUUUACUCAAAGCAAGUACUGUGUAGCAGUGCAAGAAGUUAACUUCUAUAUUUUGGCAGUUAGUCUGCCCUAUUAUCAGCUCUUAAUUUUAGCUUAGUCAUUGUUUGCUGGUAACUAUGCUGUGAUAUCCUUAAAUAGAAUUUUUUACUCUUAGUGGCUGCAGUGAAAAGCUUAAAAGCAGCCUCAGUGCCCUUUGAGUUAAACACAAAUGCUGCAUUGCUAGUGAUCUUAUCUAUAGUGACAUCUUCACACGUUUGCUUGUGAUCAUCAGCAAGGUGUUUUGUCUCAACUCGUUGAUCUUUGUGGUAUUACAGGCUGCUCUCGGGCUACAGCUCUGCUUCUCUGGAUUGAGGAAUUUGUUUUAAAAACAACAAGGAAACAAACAAAAAAGCAAACAAAGGAAACCCUUACAAACCUCAUGAAUUUGAUUUAACCAAACAGCAUAUUCAUGCUGUUUCUUGAAUAGGGUGGCUGGAGAUGUUCUUGCUGCUUUUUUUUGCAGUUGUGUGCUAUUCCUGCAUGACUUGUUUUAAGCCACAUCUGUUGUGGUAUCUACAGAAACUUGGGCAGGUCUUUGAUCUGUGCUCUGGUAAACUCCUUGUAGGUUUUAAUUGCUCCAGUAAGUCACGUAUUAAAAGUACAAAUUACAGUUGGUGAGAUAUUGAAUUUUUUUUUUUACCAUGCAUGCAAAUAGUUGAGUAUUAAUGUGGCUCAGAGCCUCCUGGGCUUGGUCUGAAACUCAUCUUAGAAAUGUUUAAGCAACUAUGGAUAUGUCUGUGUGGUAUGUUCUAUUUAUGCAGAAGUUUUUGCAGCCUUCAUAAUAAACACUGCCCUUAAUUUAGCUUGCCCAUUUCCCUGUUAAUGAAGAAUAUGGAACGAACCUAUGUGACAGCCAAAGCUCUAAUAACUCAUUUAUGAUCACUUACCAAAACAAACAAACAAAAAACCCAACACCAGAACUCUUCACCAAGCUGGCACUUCUUCACUGUUAAACCUUCGGAAACAUCAAUACAUGGAAAACAAGAUCUAAGGAGGAGGAAGAAGAAUUCUCUGCAACAGGUAAUUUUACUAAUUGUUAAUUUUGGUGGUAUGAAGAAUGCGAAAUGAACAUUUUGCAUGUUUGUGGAGGCUUUUUGAAUGCUCACUGCAAGUCUCUGCUGUAUUACCUCAUAACACAUACGUUCUUCUCUAGUUUUAGUAACAAAUGAUAGAAAACAGCUUUCUGUGUAGUUUGAGACUUGCAGUUGAUUAUCUUGAUUAAUCUCUAAUUCUGACCUCUAACCGACAUAGUUUGGUUAACUGUUUCACUUGCACGUGGGUUUGUUCCUGUAGUAAUUUACAAAGUGCAGGAGCAAAUGCAGUAAGUACACUGUAAGUCACGUUGGCAGUGCCUCAUCAUCUGCCCAUGCAUCAAACACAAAUGCAGAAACACUGGUGAUGUUGCCUUUCUGGGGGAGGCUUUGGUACGUAGGAUUAACAGCCGACUUCAGUAUCAUGGCAGCAUGCACUUCUUAAGGCCAUUUACAACAAGGAUGAGGGAUUUUGUUUGUACUUGCUGCAGAAGUUGUAGCAAAUGCCAGACAAAUAUUCCUGUAUGUACUUAACUCAUUUCAAGAGCUUGCACUCUGAAUUAAUGUAUUGUCUGGUUAUGGAAAUAAAUAAAAAGCUUUAAAACAAUCAAACUUUCAUCUGCUCUACGUGUAGUCAGUCAUGUAUAACCUUUUGAGGACUAAUUUGUGAUGAGCUCUAAACUGACAUUGUGGCUUUUUGGCAUUUAAACACGUGUAGGUCUGCUUAUCUAAGAGCAAAAAACUGCCUACAGGCUGAUUCUUGGAUUUAAGCUUCUAACAACUUAGGAAAAUAUAUGCUGAUAAAUAACAUACGUUAGCAAAAUAUACCUUCUAGAUCUCUUUUAUUGUAUGUGGAACAGUUUUGCAAUUUGAUGUCUUACUGUAUGCAAGCUUUUUUGUAUAAACUACUGCAGCUAUGAAGUUUGGAUUGUUUAAUUUACGUGCCAUUUUCAUUUUAUUUUUUCCUGUCCAGAGCUCUCUCAGUAAGAGGAAACUUGUCAAGAUAGUUGCCCUUAACCAGCCUGCCUUGGAUGAGCAUGUACAGCACUGAUCUCAAGCAGAGAGACUGAAGAGUAUUUGAAGUAACUGUUGAAGAAAGAAACCAAAGCACACUUUUUUUAUGGGUAAUCUAUAGAAAAGGCUAAAGGCCAUUAAUAGUUUAUCCUUAACCAGUAAAAAGGCACAGCUGCUGAAAGGAGGAAGAUCAGUGAAGAAUGUAAUUACAAACAACGCUUUGUUAAAGGAGCAAGCUACUUGCCAUGCAAACUUCUGAAAUUACUUUUGUGGCGUAUUUCAAUUCAUCUUGAGUGAACUGAUAUUUCUUCAGCAUUCAGAAUUUGGUUAGCCUUCUGUUACUAGACUCUGCACUGUUCCUUGAUCGGUAAUUAUUUCAGUCUCAAAGUCACAAUCUUACUGCUGAUUAACCAGGAAGUAACUUGUAGGGAUCUUAGAGCAUCAAAGAAAGUCUCAGGACCAUUAAAGAAGGAUGAGGCUAUUCAAAAUACCACUCAUGUUCCAGCUGCUUGUUUUUAAUCGUGUAACUCAAGAGAAAGGAGUUGAACUCCAGCAGCAUGGUAGUAAUACCCAGAUGCAGUGGAGGAAAGCAUGUUUUAUACUAGGUGUAAGUGCCAAAUAAAUACAUUGUGGAGCUCUGAUGUUCUACAAGCUGCAUUUCUUCAAGGAGCCAUAUGUCACUCGUUUCUAAAUGUGCUAAUACGAUGUACGUGGCAGGCUACUUGCUUAUGUGAGGUAUGCUAAGUGUGGAUCUGGCAGGAAAUGCUCAUAAUGUUUUUCUUUUUAAGUUGGCAAUCUUAAAAUUUUGUCAGAACAAUGUUUCUCUACACACAUGUAAGUCAUCUCUGCAUCAGAGAUGAAAUAUACAAUGGCCUGGGUUGAAAAGGACCACAAUGAUCAUUGAGUUUCAACCCCCCUGCUAUGCACAGGGUCGCCAACCAGCAGACCAGGCUGCCCAGAGCCACAUCCAGCCUGGCCUCGAAUGCCUCCAGGGAUGGGGCAUCCACAACCUCCUUGGGCAACCUGUUCCAGUGCGUCACCACCCUCUGUGUGAAAAACUUCCUCCUAAUAUCUAACCUAAACCUGCCCUGUCUCGGUUCAAAACUGUUCUCCCUUGUCCUAUCACUAUCCACCCUUGUAAACAGCCAUUCCCCUCCUGUUUAUAUGCUCCCUUCAAAUAGCUGCUUUUUGGAGAUUUUGUAAUUGUAAGAGAUUUUCUCUUUGUAACUGAGUACCAUUAUUUUAAAACUUUAUAAAAUAAACUCAAUAUGCUAUUUUUUUAAUGAGGUUUAUAAUUAGAAUUCUUUGGUGAUUACUGUCUGUUAAUACAUGCAAUCAGAGUGAUACUUUCCACCACUGUUUCCAGUACUACCUGAUGUUAAAUCUUUUUGCACUAAAACUGUACCAGUGACAGUAGGCACCCAUUCUUUUCUUAAAAGGCUUAUUUGAUCCAUGGUGAAAGAUGCCAGCUUCCAAGACCAAAUCAUUAAACUUCCAUCUCUGAGGAACAAGUCUCUGAGAUGUAGGAACACGUUUGUGUUUACCCAGGUCAUAGGUGUGCAAACAGGAAUCUAAACCUUGGCACGAGCAGGGUGUGAGUAGCUCGCACCUUUCUUCUUGCCGGAAAGAGAAAUGAAAGAGGAAGAAAAUGCUUUAGAAACUUACUCCUAAGGAAAUGAACACUCAGCCCAUCCAGAACAGCGAUUGCUGUUCCAGUCCUGGAUAGGGAAAUGAGGCAAGCUACCCUUUGGAAAUGUGCUCGCACUUUGAUGCUGAUGAGAUUAAACGGCUAGGAAAGAGAUUUAAGAAGCUUGAUUUGGACAACUCUGGUUCUUUGAGCGUGGAAGAGUUCAUGUCUUUACCUGAAUUGCAACAGAACCCGUUGGUACAGCGAGUAAUAGAUAUAUUUGACACAGACGGCAAUGGAGAAGUGGACUUCAAAGAAUUUAUAGAAGGAGUCUCCCAGUUCAGUGUCAAAGGAGAUAAGGAACAGAAGUUGAGGUUUGCUUUUCGCAUCUACGACAUGGACAAAGAUGGUUAUAUCUCAAAUGGCGAGCUCUUUCAGGUGCUGAAGAUGAUGGUGGGGAACAAUCUCAAAGACACUCAGUUACAGCAAAUUGUAGAUAAAACCAUAAUUAAUGCAGAUAAGGAUGGUGAUGGAAGAAUAUCCUUUGAAGAAUUCUGUGCUGUUGUAGGAGGCCUAGAUAUCCACAAAAAGAUGGUGGUAGAUGUGUGACUCUGUAGGGCACCACCCAACACUUUUGCUUUCUUCUCCAUCUCUGAAGAUCUGCUCAAGACGUCCAGCAAUGCUCUCUGUGUAUUUAAAUGGAAGUAUUUUUCUCUGUGAAGCCACAUUUUCCAACAUGAGCCUCAUGAAGCCAACUAAGUGUUAUUGAACUUUUAUUCUCUCAAUAACUCAGUGUAGCACUUUAAAGUCUGAAGGACAGCAAAGAUGGAAAGAGCAUAUCAGUGUGGUGGAGAAAGGGAAGGGGUUGGCUUUUUAAUUUAUUUUUCUUCAUCUUUUAUAACAAGGAAAUAUCUAUCUAUAUAUAUAUAUGUGUGUGUGUAUUUAUAUAUAGAUAUAUAUGUAGCUUUCUAUAUGUAGUAGCUAGGUGGGCUUUAAUUUAAUAUACUUGAUUCAGAAACGAAACUAGAGUACAAAGUGCCAAGCAGAAUAUUAACAGUUCAAUAUAUGGAUAUACAUCCUUACUUUUAUUUCACACAGUUUUAUAUAUAUAGUAGAAGAAUGUAAAAUUUUAACUGGGUGUUAGGUCAACUCUUCUCCUUUUCCUGUGACUGUUCAGAUGUUUCUAUAUAUUGACUGGCUGACAAAGCAUUGCUUCUUAUUAAUUUACCUUAAUGACAUGUUUUGUAACACAGGAGACUAAGUUUAUUUAUACCUGUUAAUAUAUUACCAGGGACUGUGUCUCUUUGCUAAGUAACUUAGUACAGUUCUACUUAAUAUAGUUUAAUGCUACUGCCAAGAACCAGCCCUCGUGUGCAUACAGUAACUGCAGAAUGCUUCGAUGGCCAUUAGAUCGUGUCACUUAGUGACUGGGGGUGGUUACAGCUGUCCCAAAGUUAAUGCUCAUCUGCUCUUUUGGAUUCAUUUUAGAUACGGCCGCUGAAGGUGUGUUAGACACAUUCAUGACUUUCUCUUGUGCUUACCUUAAUGAAAUUAGGAUCUAUGUAACUGCAGGAUCCCCAUCUACUUAUUUUAUACAGUACGUAGAUUAUAAAGCGUUCUUGCCACUUAAAUUCUGUUGUUUCAACUGUGAUAGUUUCCCCUCUGCAUUUAAAGAAUAUUACAGGUAGCAUAAAUAACUGGUAAUAUUUUAUAUAUAUAUAUAUAUAUGUAUGUAUAUAGGAUUCAUACGGGGGAAAAUCUUGUUAACCUAUGCCACAGAGGAGGAAACCUUCACACUAUCUAAAUUUAUACCUCUUGCAGUUCUCCAGUCCUUUGCCUGGAGAAUGUUUUCUUUUCUAGAUUUGUCCAUAUCAUGAUUUGUAACGGAUGGUAACUUGAUCUAUUUGUGUGAUAUAAAAGUAGCGAGCCAUGUUUUACAACUUUAUAUCAUCCCUUCCCUUUUCUGCAAUGGUACUAUUGGCUGGAAGAAAAACAUUUGCUAGAUUUUUUAGGACAGUACAUCUUUCCUGUAUAGUAGUUUUUCUAUUAAAAAAGAAUCGUUUUAUAAUCAGCGUUGGAAAGUGCAGGUCGUCUGAAUCUACUUCUAUCGAGCACCUGUCUGCCAUAGCUGUUCCUUCAACUGAGUGCUGCACAUCCAUGGGCUCUGUCUGUGAGAGAAAUCCAGGUGCUUGGUGUCCUUGCAUGACAUGAAGUUUUGCAUGUAGAUCGAUUUGAAAUGUUCCUCUUGUUUACAUAAUUUGCAUAAUUUAAACGAUAAUGUUGCCAAACUUUGGUAAAUGUUAAUGUUCAAAACAAAAAUCUCCACUACAUGUAACUUUCUUCCUCUGGAUCAGUACGUGGCUUAUAAUCCCAGCCAGUGGUUGUAUCUGUUCCAGUGUCAACUGCCAUGUGCUCUGCUUCAAGGGGGAACUGGUCUUUUGUGAAUUUUUUGUACAUAAGUAUUUGUUACAAACAUUUUAGCAAAUGCUUUUGAUUUCUCUUACUUGCUUGUGCAUAUCUUGGCUGUUGUUAUAGAAAUUAGUGCUACCGUUAUUUCCUUCAGGGGGUUGGAAGGGGAGGGAUGAGGUUUUUUUAGUUUGUGUGGGGAAAAAUGAUUUCUGUUGAAUGUUUAGUUUUUCCUCUGCAUGCUACAUCAUAUGUUGUGGGAACUAUAAGAACCUUCAUACUAUAUGAAUACAAAAUAAAAUAUUUGAACCUUG